GGACGUAUCGCUGGAGGUUACACCCACCCGUCGCCGUUUCCAACAUCCACACGCUCAGGUAAACGUAAAUUAGUGAAACAGCGACUUUUGUUGUUGUUAAACGAAGCGAUUUUCGUGUGUCCAGCGUUUCGAUUACGCCUCGAUCAGUUUUGACGGGUUAAAUAACCAACAAGAUGUCUCACACGGUAACAGUGACCAGGACAACCACAACCACCACAACUUCUGCGAUUAUUCUGAACACUGGCUACCUCAAAUCAUGGCCGGGACUACUCAAAUUGGCACAACUGGUUUUAGGUAUUGUGGUGGUCGGUUUGGUGGGCUACUACUAUAGAAAAUAUGGAGCAAUACCAGAAGUGCCCGAGACAUUUUUCUUGUUAAUGGCGGUCACAUUCUUAAUAGGAACAUUCCUUUUGUUGCUGUCCUGCAUCAUAUCCAUAUCAACCGCUUCGAUCAUCUCGAAAACUAUUCACGAAGUGGUUUAUCACGGUUUCGCCUUCGUUUUAUACUUGGCGGCCAGUUUGGCUUUUGUCAUCGAAGUUAAUCACUAUAAGAGUCGCAGUUAUUACAACGAUUAUGAACCAUACAUGGCGGCUGCGAUUAUUGGAUUAGUUAUCUCGGGCCUUUACUUACUUAGCACCAUAUUCGCGUUGAGGAGCUACAGAGGAUUGUAAAGUCACAUUUUAGUCAUUUUACAACUACCUUCAUCAUUAUUUGUAUAUAGAUUUUAAUGAGAUCAAUGGUUAAUAAUUAUUAUAAUAAUAUUAACAAUCUAAACAGUGCAUAUAUUGAAUAUUUUAUAUUGUCAUUUUUAAUCAACACAAAUUUUUCAGAUUCUUUCAAUUUGUACAAAAUAUUACCACAGUAUUGAACUGAUUAAUUAAAAUAAGCUAUGACAGUUAAAAAAGUAAUUUAAAAUACACAAUUUAUGUGCUAUUUAUACUCCAAUAGAUACUUAAUCAUCAGUGAGUAAAAUCGUGUAUGUCAAAAAAAAAUGUAGUAUACUUGUUCAAAUGCUGUCGUGUAUAAAAUGCUUGAUAACAUUUUUAUAUAUUUUGUCAUAUUUCAUAUAGAUUUAAUAAUUUAUACGUGCUGCCAUUUAAUGUGCCUUGAUGUUGUGUCUUAUUUAUUAACGUGUACUUCCAUUUUUUUAAUGUAAUGAAUGUAUUUUUGUUAUUUUUAAAUAAAUAAGUGAAAACCA